AUGGACUCAAAAAGGUAUCUAGUUUCAUAUGGCUGGAAGGAAGGAGAGGCCUUAAAGAAGGGAGGCCUUAAAAGGCCUAUCCUUGUAAAGCAGAAGAGGGACACCAAAGGAUUAGGAAAUGAUAUCAAUGAUGGAGAGGUCUGGUGGGAAAAACUGUUUGAUGUGCAGUUGAAAAAUUUGGAAGUUUACAACAGUGACAAAGUUAAGUUUGAACAAAAGGAGAUAAAAAUAGACAAGAGUCCAUUGUAUAGCAUGUUUGUACAAGGAGAAGGGCUAACUGGGACUAUCGGAGUUGAAGAAGAGACUGUCCAAGCUACGGUACGAAAGCAGAUAGUAGACUUGAAAGAAAUAAGGAGAAAAAGAGAGAAGGCCAAAAAGAGUAAACGGAAAGAAGAAAAGAAAGAGAAAAAGAAAGCAAAGGAAAGUAAGGAGAAGAAAGAAAAGAAAGUCAAGAAAGUUAAAAAAGUACAAGAAGGACAAGAAUGA